AUGGAAUACGAAAGCAACGGUGAUCACACUGUGUCUGCAGCACAACAUUCGGUACCUCCACCACAUCCUGAGAAGCAGCUUGAUGCAUACGCAAAUGGAGGAUACGGUGACCAAAACUACGGGCAUUCCGAAACGCACCACAUGGAAAUGGACAUGCAUCAUUACCAGCACCAUGACAACCAACAUGGUAGUCAUGAUAAUGUUACAGCUGACCAUACUGGGCCAGUUGAUGGCAGUCACGCCCAGAUGGACGUUGGGCAUGACGUCACCACGGGCUACCACGGCCACGAAUCCUAUCAGAAUGAUGUUCAUGCAGACACAGCUAACCAUGACGGAUCUGCUCAUGCCUGGGGUGAACACGGCGGAGAAGGAUAUGACGCAAAUCAAGGUGGCUAUGAUGAGCAUGGUUAUGAAAACUACUAUGAGGACGGUUACCAAGGAACAGGAGGAGAAGCGUUCAGAGGACGAGGCAUGGCACGCCCGCCGUAUCGAGGAAUGCCUCCUGGUCGAGGUGGGGCUGCUCCGCCUGCAUUUACCAACCAGCAGCAACAACAACCUCCGCAGCAACAAUCGCAGCCACCACAGCAACCGCAGCAACAACAACAACAACAACAACAACAACCACAACAACAACAGUCUCAACAAGCUCAGCAGCAGCAACCAUCGUUUUUCCCACCACCAUUUGUGCGCGGCGGUGCUACUGCCGCGCGUGGAGGAUUCGUCCCUCCAUCUUUUCGUGGCACGCGUGGAUUUCCUCCAACACGUGGUAGCUAUCCGCCAUUCCGAGGCGGAUACACAGGUACAUACCCACCCGGUUACCCUCCUGGAUACGCACCUCCACAAGCUACACCCGUUGUUGAUCAGGCAACGAGGUUAAAGAAGCUUGCGAACUGCGAAGAAGAUGAGGAGCUAUGGGUGGAGGCAGAAUCGCCGGAAGGAAAGCCUUACUUUUACCACUGGCAGACACGUGAAACUGUUUGGGAUCGUCCCGAAAAGGCCAAAGUUGUCGGACAAACUGAACUUGCUGAGCUGAUUCAGAAGGCGAGUGAAGAGGAAAGGAAAGAACGUGAAGAGGCACAAAGGAAUGCUACCGCUUAUGCACAAAGAGCACAAGCAGGUUUUAUGCCACCACCGUUCUUCCCACCGGGAUUCCCAAUGCCAGGCGGACGGCAACCAAUGGUUCCCACAAAUCCAGAUGAGGCAUGGAACGAAUACACUGCUCCGGACGGGCGUAAAUACUACUACAAUUCUAUUACGCAAGAGAACACAUGGGACAAGCCACAGGUGUUGAUCGAUAAGGAAGCAGGGAAAUCUCCAAUGGACACUUCAUCUCCAGCCCCACAAGCAGCGCCAGUGGCUGCUGCUGCCGCUGCUGCUACAGGAGCGACUGGAUUACUACCUGAUGCAAUUGCUGAGGCGCAAGCGAAAGCGCAGGCUGCUUUGGCUGAGUAUCUGGCGCAGAGCAAGACUCAAGCCGCGCAGCAGCACCAGCCGCAGCCGAAGAAAACAGACGAGAAGAAGGACAACACACGUCCAGUAAGUAGCACACCAGUUAGUGGAACUGCUUGGUGUGUAGUGUGGACAGGAGAUGGGAAGGUAUUCUUCUACAAUCCAUCAACGAAAACUUCUGUGUGGGAGAGACCUCCCGAAAUGUAUGGAAGGGCUGAUGUUGAUGUCCUUGUUACUAAGUGUCCGGAAGUUAAGAAAGAUGAACCAGAGCAGCAGAACGCUAAUGCUAAUGACUCUGAUGGAUCAGACGAUGAGGAAGGUGAAGACGGUGGUCCACCAAAGAAGAAGAGCAGAUCCGAACGCAAAAAGGAAGCUCUGCUCGCUCAACAGAAGAAAGAGAAGGAGAAACCUGUUCGUCAAAUGUUAGAGAAGCCCGUUGAUCCGGCUGUCCAAGCAGAAUUGCAAGCGCAGCGUGAUCGCGAAAAGUUACCUCUGGAAGAACGCCUUUUGCAGUUCAAAGCAAUGUUAGGUGAGAAAGGCGUAGCUACUGGAAGUACCUUUGAAAAGGAGUUGUCGAAGAUUGUGUUCGACCCGAGAUAUUUGCUGCUUAGUGCUACAGAGCGAAGAGCUUGCUUUGAUGCAUAUGUUCGUGAAAAGCUGGAACAAGAACGUGCUGAAAAGAAGCGUCGCAUGAAGGAAGCAAAGGAGAAAUUCCAAGAGUUGCUGAAGGAGGCUGAGCUGCAUGGAAAGUCUUCGUUCUCAUCAUUUGGUUCCAAAUUUGGUAAGGAUCCUCGCUUCAAAGCUGUCGAAAAGAUGCGAGAUCGAGAGGACCUUUUCAACGAAUAUGUAGGAGAGUUGCACAAAAAGGAAAAGGAGGAGCGUCGAGAGAAAAAGGAGAAGGCAAAGAAGGAAUACAUGGCUUUGCUUGCUGAACAAACGAGUUUUACACGAAAGACAAAAUGGUCAACUGCUAAAAAACUUCUUGAAAACGAUGAGCGAUUCAAAGCAGUAGAAAGUUCUUCGUCCAGAGAGCAAAUGUUUCGGGAUCAUGUGGAGAAAUUGGGCGAUGAGAGUCUAUCUGACAUCGAGGAAGAGGCCGAGCGUGAGAAGCGGCUUGCUGCUGAUGCUGCUAUAGCUGCCAGGCAACGAGAGGUGGAAGCCGAACUCGGUGACAAACUGCGCGAACGUGAUUUGGAGAGUGAACGACACCGCAUGCAGGAACAUCAAGAACGCUUCAAUGCCCUUCUUGUUGAUAUGGUGAAGUCUGCAGAAGCAACUUGGCACGAGACAAGACGUAUUCUACGCAAAGACGAGAGAUACGCAGAAUGUGAUUUACUGGAUAAAGAAAAGAAAGAAAGUGCAUUCAAUGAACACAUUCGUAAUCUCGAAAAGAAACGAAGAGACGCCUUCUUCGCUGUUCUUGAUGAACAUCCGAAAAUCAAUACUCAGACUAGGUGGAAAGAUGCUAGGCGUAUCAUUCAAGAUGAAGAAGAAACAUUUUCAAAAGUAGCUAGCAAUAGCGAAAGGAAAGUUGAGCGUGACUACCGGGAUUGGCAAGAAUUGCGACAUGACAAUGCGGUGCGUGAAUUCAAGGACUUGCUAAAGGAGACAAAAAUCAUUACUUACAAGAGUAAGCGUAUGAUUGAGGAGAAUGAGCAGCAUUUGAAGGAUAUUCUAGCUGUUCUUGAGAACGACAAACGUUGGAUGCGCAUGUCCGAGAGCCAUGCCUCAGAGCGUGACAGAAUUUUGGACGAGUACAUAGAAGUUCUGCAUAGGAAAGGCACUCCACCACCUCCCACGCAACAAGAGCGCGAGAGGCGAAGGAAAGAGACGGCAUAA